UUGUCACGUGGCCGGUUACUUUGCUCUCCGACCCUUGGGUUGCUGCUGUGCUGGGAGUCGGGUGUUUUGGUUUUUUUUUUUUUAAGUCAGCCUUGGCAUCCGUUUUUUUUUCCGUCCGUGCGCCUGUCGUAUUUUUCCUAAUGCUCCAGUGGCAGCCCUUCCAUGUAGAUCUACAGAAAAGUUACCUAAAAGGGCUCUUGUCAUGUAUUCAUUCAACAGAUGUCUUGAGGAGCUGCUAUAUAUAUUGCCAAAGAAAUGGAUGAAACUGUUGCCGAGUUUAUCAAGAGGACCAUCUUGAAAAUCCCAAUGACUGAAAUGAUGACAAUCCUCAAAGCCUGGGAUUUUUUGCCUGAAAAUCAACUGCAGACAGUAAACUUCCGGCAGAGAAAGGAAUCUCUCGUUCAGGACUUGGUUCUGCUCUGUGAGAAUAAGCGUGCAAGUCUCCGUGACGCAGCCCUUUUAGACAUCAUUUAUACUCAAUUUCAUCGGCACCAGAAAGUCUGGGAUGUUUUUCAAAUGAGUAAAGAACCAGGUGAAGACGUUGACUUUUUUGAUAUGGAACAAUUCAAAAGUUCAUUUGAGAAAAUUCUUCGGAGAGCAUUAAAAAAUGUGACGGUCAGCUUCAGAGACGCUGAGGAGAAUGCAGUAUGGAUUCGAAUCGCCUGGGGAACACAGUACAGAAAGCCAAACCAGUACAAACCGGUUUUUGUGGUGUAUUAUUCCCAGACUCCCUACGCCUUCACUUCCUUCUGCCACCUGAAGAGCAAUACACCCCUUCUGAGUCAGGCGCUGACCGUUGCUAGCAAUCACCAUAAGAUUGUGAAAAUGGACCUCAGAAGCCGGUAUCUGGACUCUCUGAAGGCUAUUGUUUUCAAACAGUAUAAUCAGAAGUUUGAAACUCACAACUCCACUAUGCCUCUACAAGAAAACCUUGAGCUGGACAUGCACAUGGAUUCAAGGAUCAUUCAUGAAAACAGAAUCGAAAAAGAAAGAGUCCAGAGAGUGACUCAAGAAACUUUUGGAGACUAUCCUCAACCAAGACUAGAAUUUGCACAAUAUAAGCUUGAAACGAAAUUCAAAAGUGACUUCCAUGGAGGCAUCUUGGCUGAGAGAAAAGAGCCCCUCCGGUGCCUAAUAAAGUUCUCUAGCCCGCAUCUUCUAGAAGCAUUGAAAUCCUUAGCACCAGCUGGUAUUGCAGACGCACCACUUUCUCCGUUGCUCACCUGCAUACCCAAUAAGGGAAUGAAUUAUUUUAAAAUUAGAGACAAAUAGGAUGUGUGUGGUUUUGUAAGCACACUUUUUCCUUGAAUAUAUUGCAUAUGCAUUUCAGUCAACAGCUAGUGGACAGCUUCUGUGUAUGAACUUGUGUUUUAGAAAUUCAUUCUUAAUAUUGACAGUCCAGAAAUGUUCAAUAUGCUUGUUGGGACUGAUUCUUUCCUCCUCCAGUGUGUACCCCGCUCCCCCAUAUCCUGCAAAGCAUAGCGAUUGUGGGCCUUUAAAAAGUGACUAGGUGUCCUGUUUCUCACUCCUGUCUCUCCUCGAUCCUGGAGAGACUGAGUUCUAAUGGCUGUUUCCAGUGAUUUUGUCUGAAGCCUUGGAUCAUGGAAAGAAAUAGCAAGAAACUAUCCUCAACUCAAAACUUUCUAGGAAAAUCAUAAAAUUGGUCCCUUCAAAGGGUAGAGUUGGGUCUAUUAAGUUAUUGCAGGAAGUACAAUAUCAGAUGAUUCAGUAAUAUAAUAGUUGCUGUGUAAGUAUGAUACUUUUCAUAGUCUGUUUUAUCCUACAUAUGGCAUUCAAACUCACCAUACUAUACUGAUUUGUGAAUAAAGAUUUAAAAACUGGUACAUCACUUCUGAUGGAAAUUCUUCGGUGAUCAUCACAAUAUAGCAUGUCCUUUCUUAAUAACAUUUCAAACUCUACUCCCUGUUGUGUUCCACAAAGGAUUUGGGGUAUAAAAACGUUUAUUACAGUUACGAUAAAAUUAAAAGGUGAGGCAGUCUGGGCAAAUGGGAAAGCAAACAAAAAGCAAGGACCGAAUAAAGGUAGAGAUAAAACUGCCAUGUAACAAGAUACGAGUGCCUCCAUCUGUUACAAGAUUGAAAAAUUGGAGCGAUGUUAGCCAGUGGUCCGAGCAGAGAAGAAAACACCAUUUGUGAAUGAAGAUAUUCAAAAACUGGUACAUCAGGGGCGCCUGGGCGGCUCAGUGGGUUAGGCAUCCAACUCUUGGUUUCAGCUCAGGUCAUAAUCUCACGGUUCGUGAGAUCGAGCCCUGCAUCAGGCUCUGCACUGACAGUAAAGAGCCCGUUUGGGAUUCUUCCCCUCUCUCUCUGCCCCUCCCCCACUUGCUCUCUUUCUCU